AGAGUCGAGGAUCAACAAUUGUCAGAAAACGGUAUGAAACCUACAAUGAACCAGCCAGACACCAAAUGUGUCUUGCUCCAGGCAAUAUUUGUGGCUGCGUUUAGUACUCUAUCUGUAGUAACAUGCCCAGAGAAACAUUUCCAACUUCAAGAAUCGCUGUGCUGCUUGAACUGCCCAGAAGGUAUGUAUGUUGCCCAGAACUGCUCUGGAGGACCCAUGAACUACGUUGGUGUGCUAUGUAAUCCAUGCCGCAGAUGUGAAGAACUUGGAGAGAUAACUGUGUCCCAGUGCACGCAGUUUUCAGACACACGGUGUGCCAGUAAACAGAUAACCUCGUAUGGUUCCUCAUCUGUGAUAGCCGCUGUUUUCAUGCUGGCUGUGAUUGUGGCAGCCUGCUUCUUUUGCAGAAUCAGUAAAUCUGGUGAAUCUGAUGAAAGCUCUGCAGGAGAACCAUUCCACAUUUCCGUAUAAAAGAUGCAGAGACAGUCUGAAGAAAAUCUUAACUCGGGAAAAAGGUCAACAUCAAGUAUUGUAUAUUAUCAUUCAAUGAUUCAAUAACAUUAGAAAUACUGCAAUACAAAGUUGUU